UUUUGAGCACAUAAAUCACCUUUGAUGAGUGUGUGUGGGUCUGAGUGUCAAACACAGUGUGCCCCACUGUUUAAAAGAACGCCACCCCUUCAGUCCAACUGCAGUCUCAGCUGGGACCAAGUUGGUGACUCAUACGUGAUCUCUCUUCACUCGGAUAACGUGAACCCUCAGCUACAAUCAUGGCACGUCUGGAUCAGGCAAUUGCAAAUAUUGUGGAUGUAUUCAUGGAAUAUGCAGAUGAUGGCGGUAAGAAAAAGAAGCUGAACAAAGACGAGCUCAAGAGGCUGUUUGAGCAUGAGAUCCAAAGCCCUGAGUUUAAGGGUCAUAUCAAUACUGACGAUAUUGAAGAAGCCAUGGAGAUGUUGGACAAAAACCAUGAUGAUGAAGUGAACUUUCGUGAGUUUUGUCGGUGUGUGUCCGCUCUUGCUAAAAGUUACUACCACGCGAAAAGCGGCAGGGGUGGCAAGAAAGGCAAGGGCAAAGGCAAAGAAGGCGCCCAAGAAGACUAAAGAAAGUCAGACACUUUUAAUCAACAAUUAAACAUAUUAUCUAUACAGAUAUAAUGUAUAUAUGUUACACAAUAUUCUCAGCUCAUGAUAAUUGUUUUUUUUCUGUAGAAUAGUAAUCAAGUACUGUGCAUUGUGUCUCAAAACAAAUAAAACCUGUAAAAUGCU